AUGGCAUCUUCCGAAGUACACGAUCGAACAUUCAAGCUUGCCUUGCUCGGCGAUGUUGCCGUCGGAAAGACCAGUUACAAAGUCCGCCAUUUUACAGGGGAAGAGGUAACAGAGUAUCGGUCGAUCAACUACUGCGAGAUAUCGCAUCCACUCAAAUAUACACUGGCGAACGGGCGCGGCAGUGUCAACUUCGAGAUAUGGGAUAUCGCCGGCAACCAGGGCCACAUGAACCGGUUAGGGGAGUAUUUGAAAGACACCGAUGCGGCUAUCAUCAUGUUUGACGUAUCACGACGGAAGACCUGGGAAAGUGUGGUCAAGUGGUACCAGGACCUUGCAUCCGUAAACCAUACACAUAUUCCCGUGGUAGUCUGCGGAAAUAAAGUGGACGAUCAAUGCGAGCGCGAGGUCAAACCGGAAGAUAUCAUAUGGCCGGACGAGAUGAGUGGCGUUCAGUACUGCGAGACGUCUGUCAAGUCCAACUUGAAUUUCGAUCAGCCGUUUUUGUGGCUUACGAGGUCUCUUCUGGAUGAUCAUAGUCUGGAGUGGGGAUCGAACGUUUUAUGUUCUGGCUAUAUGGCACCAACUUUUGACCCUGAACAAUUGAGGAAGUAUCAUGAGGAGAUGGCGAUAGCAAGCUAUUUGCCAAUUCCUGAUGAAGAUGAGUUCGACCUAUGA